ACGGCCUGACCCUUGCGUGCCCUGCGCCAGCGGGCUCUUUGCGCCUGCGCAGUGCGCCCCGCUCCCUUUCUGCCUCCGCUGCCGCCAUGGCGCCCGUGAAAAAACUUGUGGCGAAGGGAGGCAAAAAAAAGAAGCAGGUUCUGAAGUUCACCCUUGACUGCACCCACCCUGUAGAAGAUGGAAUCAUGGACGCUGCCAAUUUCGAGCAGUUUCUCCAGGAGCGCAUCAAAGUGAACGGGAAGGCCGGGAACCUCGGGGGCGGGGCCGUGACCAUUGAGCGCAGCAAGAGCAAGAUCACCGUGACUUCCGAGGUGCCUUUCUCCAAAAGGUAUUUGAAAUACCUCACCAAAAAAUAUUUGAAGAAGAACAAUCUACGUGACUGGCUGCGCGUUGUUGCUAACAGCAAAGAGAGCUACGAAUUACGUUACUUCCAGAUUAACCAGGACGAAGAGGAGGAGGAAGAUGAGGAUUAAGGCUCGUUUACCUGGAAUCUUUUGUAUGAGUUCUUGAAUAAAACUUGGGAACCAAAGUGGUGGUUUUCCUUGUAUCUCUGCAGUGUGGUUUGCCCAGGAACUUGGAAGUGUCGGGAGCCGCCCGGGGCCGCGGCUCCCUGGCCAUCAGGCCUUUUUCCGGCGUGAGACCCAGGCAGACGGGCUGGCCCUCCCGAGGAGGCCGCGGGCCUUGGCGUCCAGCAGGUAGCUGGGCCGAGGAGGCCUGGCCUGCGUGUCGUGGCCCCGCUGCCUUCCUCUGUAGAGGGGACGCCUUGGGGCCUCCUGACCCCCGAGAGCCAAGCCUGACGUCUUCCCAGGCCCCCUCUCAGGAAGACGGCAGCAUGGGGGUGCGCAUCUGUCUGCGGCUUUGGCCCCGAGCCCCGGUGCACGCCACGGUGUUUGUUCACCCUCCUGCAGCGGUGCGGCGGGUCCUGUGCCUGUGGGUUCCGCUACCCUGAGAAGAGGGUGGGGUGAUUGUAAAGGUCCCAGGUUUUCUAUGAAGUAAAAGCCUACAAAAACCAA